GAGCUGAACGUCCAGUGGCUCAUUCCAGCACGUUCAACCCCGCCGGCAGCAUCACCAGCGACCCCUUCUUUACGAAGCUCAAAUUUAGAAAGAACUAAAGUGUCGGCGUUUUAUUUAUUUUUAGGCGAACGUCUCGUCAGCUCUUUCAAGUUUGUAUGUUCUAAUUGUGUCUAAAGAGACGAGGAAACAAAGUUCCAGUGUAGCCCGGUCGCGCUAACAAAGAAAAAAAAAAAUCCUUUCUCCUCAGAAAAUAAUCCCCCACUACUUUCUAGUUAUGAGUCAUGUGGUCGUUGAUAAUCCACACGGUCUAGAUCAGCAGCUAGCCGCCCUAGACUUGAACUCUGUUGAGGGACAAGGUGGAGGAACUGGCAGACGUUACAUUCCACCUCACUUGAGGAAUAAAGAUGGUCCCAAAAAUGAUUCACCUGGAUGGGAUGGUGGCCGCAGCAACGGAUUUGUGAACGGCUACCACGACAACCGCACAAAUGGGGGCUUUGGAGGGCGUGGACCCCCUCGCCAUGAUCGAGGAUUCGGCGGUUACGAGAACAAGGACGGUAACUGGGGCGGGCAGCCCAGAGACAACACCUUCAACAGCUUCGGCGGACGGAACGACAGGUCAAAGUCUGCCUUCUUUCAUGACCGUGGAGCAGGCUCAAGGGGAAGGUACGAACGUGGCGGCUUUUCUGGCGGAGGAAACAGCCGUUGGGCGGAGGAAUCCAGAGACGAGGAUUGGUCCAAACCGACUGCUCCCAACGAGCGUCAAGAACAUGAGCUCUUCUCGGGCAGCAACACGGGGAUUAAUUUUGAGAAGUAUGAUGAUAUACCCGUGGAGGCCACCGGAAGCAACUGCCCACCCCACAUUGAAAGCUUCCACGACGUGGACAUGGGGGAGAUCAUCAUGGGAAAUAUCAACCUGACUCGCUAUACGCGUCCCACUCCGGUCCAGAAGCACGCUAUUCCCAUUAUCAAGUCCAAGAGAGACCUCAUGGCCUGUGCCCAGACUGGAUCUGGAAAGACUGCCGCUUUCCUGCUGCCCGUGUUGAGUCAGAUCUACACAGAGGGGCCAGGAGAUGCUCUGCAGGCCGCUAAGAAUAGUGGACAGGAGAACGGAAGAUACGGGCGCCGUAAGCAGUACCCAAUCUCCCUUGUCCUUGCCCCCACCAGAGAGCUGGCACUGCAGAUCUAUGAUGAGGCCAGAAAGUUCGCUUACCGUUCACGCGUGCGCCCCUGCGUGGUAUACGGCGGCGCCGACAUCGGCCAGCAGAUCAGGGAGUUGGAAAGAGGCUGCCACCUGCUGGUUGCCACGCCGGGCCGCCUGGUCGACAUGAUGGAGAGGGGCAAGAUCGGUCUGGACUACUGCAAUUACUUGGUGCUGGAUGAGGCCGACCGCAUGUUGGAUAUGGGCUUUGAGCCACAGAUCCGACGCAUCGUGGAGCAAGACACCAUGCCCCCUAAAGGCAUCCGUCAGACCAUGAUGUUUAGCGCCACCUUCCCCAAGGAGAUCCAGAUCCUGGCACGUGACUUCCUGGAGGACUACAUUUUCCUGGCCGUCGGCCGUGUUGGGUCCACCUCGGAGAAUAUCACCCAGAAGGUGGUUUGGGUGGAGGAGAAUGACAAGAGGUCCUUCCUCUUGGACCUGCUCAAUGCCACAGUUAUUCCCAAUGAGGUUCAGGAAAGUGGGACAGAUGCCCCAGAAAAGCCAGGGAAAGACUCGCUGACUCUGGUUUUUGUGGAGACCAAGAAAGGCGCCGACGCUUUGGAGGACUUCCUGUAUCACGAAGGCUACGCCUGCACCAGCAUCCACGGCGAUCGCUCCCAGAGAGACCGCGAGGAGGCUCUGCACCAGUUCCGCUCGGGACGCUGCCCGAUCCUGGUGGCCACGGCUGUGGCUGCGAGAGGUCUCGACAUCUCCAACGUCAAGCACGUCAUUAACUUCGACCUGCCCAGUGACAUUGAAGAGUACGUUCACCGUAUUGGCCGUACGGGACGUGUGGGCAACCUUGGUCUGGCCACGUCGUUCUUUAACGACAAAAACAGCAACAUAACCAAAGACUUACUGGACAUUUUGGUGGAGGCCAAGCAGGAGGUUCCCUCCUGGCUAGAGAGCCUGGCUUACGAGCACCAGCACAAGAGCAGCACUCGUGGCCGCUCCAAGAGGUUCUCAGGUGGUUUUGGUGCUCGGGACUACCGACAGACACCGGGAGGAUCUGGAGGCUUUGGCGGCAACCGCGCAGGCCGCAACACCGGCGGACAUGGAGGGAACCGUGGCUUCGGUGGAGGUGGCUUCGGAGGCAACUUCUACAGCGACGGCGGCUACGGAGGAAACUACAGCCACUCAGGAAGUGUGGACUGGUGGGGCAACUAGUCGCCAGCGGAGUAGCUUGCCAUACCACCCUGAUGGGAAACCACAUGUUUAAAAAAAAAAAAAAAAAAAAAAAAAAAAAAAAAAAUUUAAAAAACAAAACCAAAAAAAAUUAUAUAUAUAAAAAAAAAAAAAAAAAAAAACCCCGCCAGACCAUAACACUCCCUGUGUAGCUUCACUGACACACAGUACAUUAGCAAGCCUGGUGCUCAGCCGGGCGCUCGGCUCAAAACCAUCGCACGGGUGCGGAGUGGCGCUAAAGAAAGUUGGCGCACGGUAGCGGGGAGCGCACCUUUGAGUGCCAGCACGGACGCUGGCAUAUAUGCACAGUCAUUGUAUGAGGAAGCAUUUUUGGGGAGAAGAAAUGCCCCCAAACUGCCAAACCAACAACCGGAGGAUCACUUGUAUGUUAAUGUACUCUGACUUUUUGAAUUGAAACAGGAUCAAUCUGUGUUCUCAUUUCACCAGAUGGGAAAAUGGCCAAGAGCUCUAAUUGUAGUUUUGACUGUUUAGUUUGGAAAAUAUUAGAAAGGUUAAAAAUAAAGAGAAAACAAGCUGGUAUGUGAUCAAACCUUGGCAAAAACUGGGGUGUUGUGGCUCUCUGAGUCACGAUUCCAUUUGAACCUCAAAUUUUCUAGCAAACAGCUGACGGGCCCACUGUGCUGCUCUGAAUGAUCCGCAUUUGAGUUUGUUUUCUGCUCACUCUAUCCUGGACGGGCUCCUUUUGAUUUUACAACGAAGGCCACGGUCGUUGCUCUUAAAUGCGCAUCGCCCGGUUCAGUGCCAGCAAUGGCUGACGUUUAAACCAACUUGUUACUCCAUUUUCUUUUCCUCCUUUAUUUCAAUUGACUUGACAGUGUUGCGGCAGCUACCAUGUUACCGAGCGCUAGCUACGUAAAGUGGGCGGUGUUUUUGUUGUUCACUUAUUUUUUUUUUUUACUUAAACAUUUUCAGUGUACAAAAAUCUGUUUUUUUGCGUAUGCAUCCAAACAAAAGGCGCCUGCAUCAAUGGUAAAAGUGGGCCGCAUUAAUAGGACUACCGCAUCGGGGGGGGCCUGAUCUCGCACCGCGAUGGUCCUCAUGUGCAAGUGUUAUGUUUUUUGGUCAAGGUGAAAGGUCACGUGAGUCGCAGGCUUAGCAAGCAUUCUUUUUCAAGCUGCGUUUGGGGUGGGGUGGGGUGGGUGGGGGGGCACAGUUCAUCGCUUUAAAGCAGGCGUGGUACGUCUGAUCGUUUCGUACACUUUGCGGACUUCCUAAAGGUUCCCUGACCCUGCUUUGAAAGUUGACAAAUGGUUAUCAAUUAACCAGUAAAAUGAGAAGGCGGGGCAAAGCAGAACGAGCGCAGUUGUCAUUGGUGAAACCACUGGAUGGGGGAGGGGUCCGCGUCCCCCUCGUGGGGUCAUUUAAAAGUACCGUCUGCUCUGUCACACGUGUGCCCGUGCUCGGAUUCUCGUCAGGUGCGAUGUGCCUUGAAAACGUUUUUUAAUCAAAAUAUUCACGCGAAUGAAAGCAGAACUGAACAGGUCGAGAAGCUGAAGUCGAAUGGUGCUACUUGAUUUUGCCGCGUCGAGACCCGCGCGUGCGCAUGUAUGUGCCCAUCAAGUUUUACUAACGUUCUUUUUAUUGCACAUCCAGAGUUUUAUAUAGAUGUCUGGCAUAUGUGUCCUUAGGCUUCCAAAUACAGUGUAAGGAGAUUGUUGGCGGAGUAAAAAAACAAAACAAACAGCGCAGCUUGUUUACAAAGGGGGAUGGGUUCUCAAUGUUCAAAAGCAGGAUUUAUUUGGGACCAGGGGGAUUUAGCAGUCGGGGGGGGGGGAGGGGUGAAUUUAGCCAUUUGCACAGAUUUCUAGAUUCUACUUUUGCUGCUAGUUUUGUGUAAUUUAUUAAACAUUUUUGACAAAUAUUUAUUUUUGUAAGCCUCAAAAGUGAUUCUUUGAAAGUUUCAGAAAACUUGACCAAAAGACAGUUUAAAAAACAAAAAAAACCAAAAAAAAAACAAAAAAAAACACUGGCACUUGAAUGUUGAAUGUCACCUGUAUGCGUGAAAUUUCUAUAUUCCGGGUAGUGUGAGCUUUUUAAUGUUAAAGAUACAUCAGACUCUGUAACUACUUGAUGAUAAAAUCCACAGCUGUGUUCAGGGCCUCCGCGGGGCCGGUCAUCUGAUUUAUUCAAAUUCUCCCAAUUGGUCUGCAAAACAAAAAAAUAUGUAGAAAAUGGAAUUGAAGUAAAAAAACAUGCCAAGGUUUGGAAUCAAGCUGUCAAAGAGCAAAUCUAUUUCCUAAGUGUAGCGUCGAAGUGUUCUGAUUCUUCUACUGUGUGCAAAAUAUUGAUUUGGUCCGAUUCUUUCUCUCCAGUGAAUGUCUGGCACAUGGCAAUCCUAAAAGAAACGAACAUGUGGUUUAUUGUCAUUGUUGUAUUUGCAUUAUAUAUUACCACUCUCCGGUUCUUUCGCGGAGGCGAGCUCGUCGGGCCCGGAGCUUCCGGGCACGUUUCCGCCGCCGACCGUAGAACUGCAGAGCUCUUUAGAUGUAGACUUUGCUUUCUGUAUUAGCUUCCAGGCUAAUGCGCAGUUUGGGAACUAACUCUGCUGCACACUUGUAUGAUUUUAUCCGAAUAAAAUAUGUUUGAAUGCAAAAGUAUCUGAAAAACAAACUCCAGCAUGUUUACUGCAGUAGUAAUAAGAGGGAGCGAGAGAUGCCUGUAGCAAUGCGGCCCCUUGCCUAUGGGGGCAGCACACUUUCUAAUUGGUAUUGAUUGGAUGGGCUUUGUUUCUGUUGAAGAAAUUAUAUAUUAAAAAAAUCAUUUGUAA